AUGUGGGGCCGGCGGCGGCGCGGGGCCGGGGCCGGGCCCGGGCCCGGGGGGAGCGCGGAGGAGCUGCGGGCCCGGCGGCGGGAGCGGGAGGCAGCUCUGAGGAAGGCCCGGCGGCAGGAGCAGCUGGUCAGCAAGCGGCUCCUGCGGGAGGACGAGCAGGAUGGAGCCGAGGUCCUGCUGCAGCCUCUCCCGGAGGACGAGGUCUCCGAACUGCUCAGGGGUGUGCAGAGGGGUUCAGAGGACAGGAAAACAUUGCUGAGACGCCUCCGUCGGGCUCUGCAGGACAAGGAGACUCAGCAGAAGUUUGUCAGGCUGGAUGGCAGUGUCCGGACACUCAUCGGGCUGUUCACCGGCAGUCUGGCUGAUGUGCAGAUGGAGGCAGCCCGCUGUCUGCAUGAGCUCUCCCACUCCAGUGACGCUGCUGUGGCUGAGGCGUGCAUGCCGGUGACCUCCUAUCUCCUGACAUACCUCUCGGGACACAGUGUUGAGUUUGUGGAGCUGUGUUUGUACACGCUGGGCAACUUGGUAGUGGAAAGUGAAGCUGUGAGAAAGCAGCUUCUGCCUCAGGGCAUUAUUCCAGUGCUGGCAUCCUGCAUCCAGUCCCCGCAUGAGGCUGUGCUGGAAGGUCUGGGUUACGUCUUGUCACAGCUCCUCCAAGCCAAGGAAGCUCCCACAGAGAUCAUACCCUUGGUUCUGGACUCUGUUCUCCCCCAGCACAUGCUUCGACUGGUUUGCUCUGGCCUCAAAUUUGGGACAGGAGCUGCUGUGGAAUUUGCAUGGUGUCUCCACUACAUCGUUUGUAGCCAUACAGCCAACGCGACGCUGGUAGCACUGGGGGCCAUACCUGCCCUCACCUCGCUCUUGUGCGACAUCGCUUCUGAAAUCUCCCAAAGCAUUUCUGAGGGCCUGGAGCUGCUCACCUGCCCGGUGCUGCGGUGUCUCGGCAACCUGCUUGCAGAGGAGACAGGAUGCGAAGCCCAGAUCCAGGACGAGCGCUUGCUUGUGGCCCUGUUCAUAGUCAUGCAGUGCUACCUCCAGAAGCACCCCUUCAUCAUACCGGAGUGCCUCUGGCUGCUGAACAACCUCACGGCGGACGAGCCCUUCUUCUGCUCUGCUCUGCUCUCUCUGGACUUGCUCCCAGCCCUGCUGCAGCUCCUGCCAUGUUCCCAGGCAGCGAGCGUGUUGGGCCUGACGGUGCUGUGCAACGUCGCAGAGAAGGGGCCCGCCUACUGCCAGCAGCUGCACCAGCGGGCUGCCCUUCCCCUGCUGCUGGGCGCCCUGGCGCUCCCUGACCCAGAAGUGGUGGGGCAGUGCCUGGAGCUGCUGCACCUCCUCUUCCUGCACUGCCCGCAGGCUGCUGUUGACUUUGUCAGGCAAGGAGGGCACCAGACCCUCAAGCAGCACCAGAGCACCCCGGAACUCCAGGAGCGGGUGCAAGCACUGCUGGACAUGGCCCUACAGCCGCCGGGAGCCUCUGUCUUCAGUUCCUCACCAGCUGCAUCGUCCACCUUCUCCUAGAUUACACAGCCUGCCCUCCUGGCCCGAGGAGGAACAAACUAUUCACUCACUGCCCUGCUUUCCUGCACCACUGCCCAAGGGCUGGUCAGGCAGUCACACCACCCACGAGCAGCAGCGCUGGCUGCAUGGAAAUGCUGGUGCUGGGUGGGCUGUUCCCCGCUCCCCUCCCUGAUGUCCGUGUCACCUUGGAGCCACCACCAGGCUGCCCCACGCCUCCCUGGUGCAGGGGCAAAGCUGAGCUGAGCUGCAGCCAGUGCAGAAGAGCUCUUGUGGCUGUGGAGGGGAAUACAAACCCUGCUGGAUUUGCGGCUUCCUUUAGCAUCUCCUUUUGGUGCUGCAGUUUUAAAUCCAACACACGAAGCUCUGGGUAAGCAUGUAUGUUUAUAUGAUUGAUAAGUUAAGGACACAUUUUACAUUAAAGAUCAUCGGUAAAGCGUU